CGGCGCCCUGAGCGUGUGGGCCGGCACCGCUGUCCCCGUCCCUGGCACCGCUGUCCCCGUCCCCGGCACCGCCACUGCCGCCGCCGCCGCUUCGCCGUCACCGCCGUCGCUGUCGCCGCCACCGCCACCAUGCACUCGGACGAUAUUGUCUGGAGCAUGCUGGGGAACAGGCAGUUCUGCUCCUACAAGAUGACCACCAAAACCCAGAACUUCUGUCGAAACGAGUACAACCUGACGGGGCUGUGCAACCGCUCGUCCUGCCCGCUGGCCAACAGCCAGUACGCCACCAUCCGCGAGGAGAAAGGUCGGUGUUACCUGUACAUGAAGACGAUCGAGCGGGCGGCGUUUCCCCGGCGCCUCUGGGAGCGGGUCCUACUGAACAAGAACUACGAGAAGGCUCUGGAGCAGAUCGACGAGAACCUCAUCUACUGGCCGCGGUUCAUCCGGCACAAGUGCAAGCAGAGGUUCACCAAGAUCACGCAGUACCUGAUCCGCAUCCGCAAGCUGACCCUCAAGAGACAGAGGAAGCUCGUCCCGCUGCGCAGGAAGAUUGAGAGGCGGGAGAAGAGGCGAGAGGAAAAAGCCCUGAUUGCUGCUCAGCUGGAUAAUGCCAUCGAGAAGGAACUGCUGGAGAGACUGAAGCAGGACACAUAUGGAGACAUUUACAACUUCCCCAUCCAUGCCUUUGACAAAGCCCUACAACAGCAAGGGGCAGAGAGCGAGAGCGAGUCGGAGGCAGAGCAGGAAGAGGAGGAGGAGGAUGAGGAUGUGGGUACAAGGGAGUUUGUGGAAGCAGAGGAGAGCGAGCUCAGUGACUUUGAGGACAUGGAUAAGUUGGAGACAAGUAGUGAAGAGGAGCAGGAAGAGGAGGAAGAAGUAGAGAAGAAAGCCUCUCACUCCAAAUCUAAAGGGAAAACGCCCCUGAAAGGACCAGCCAGGAGAAAACGUCCCUACAUUGAAAUAGAGUAUGAAGAAGAAACAGAGCCAACCACCAAAACAAAAGCAGCCUGAGGCCUCCCUGCUCCCAUUUUGUACUGACUGACAGGACUCCAGAUCUGUCACCAGCUUUCACCACCGUGCAAGACCUUCAAUAACUCCUUGUUUUAUACUCUAGAUGAAACAUUUUCUCUAAGAAAAGCAGGGUUUCUGUCCCAACCCCAGGCAAUGGCAUCAAGUUUGUACAACUGGAUGAAGCACAGGUGUAAGGAAGAAGGUCCCCCACCUUCUCUACAGCCAUAAAAAGCUCAGUUUGGACUGUGCUCCAUGACAGGACCUGGCCUGGGGGGCACUGCUGCUUUGGGCCGUGGCUGGAGAAGCCACACGUGGCCCAGGGAGCACACACGUGUAUUUUGGGGGACAUGGCAGGUAUGGGGCCAACAGGUGGGACAAGACAGGCAGUAACUUUAAAUAAAUAAACCAGUUUUACUGUACAAAAUUGG